AUGGAUGGAGAAAACGUGGACCUCUGGAAGAAACCGCAUAAAUAUGAUACCAGAUCAAUAUCUUUGGACGAUGCGAUCAAUCGCACGGACGCUUUGCGAGACCAUGGAGUUAUUUGUGCCGAUAACACUGCAGCACUAGGUCUCAGUUUGGUCGGGGUUGGACUAACCGAAAGGUCUAAAAGAUCAGGGCCUGGACCUUACGUUUCAAAAGCUCGAAAUUUCUCCACAAAUGACGUUGGCAAAGCUAGCAUUAAACGUCCUAACUCUUACAGAGGAAUUGGCGAAAGUGACCACGGCGGGCAAGCCUCAACCAAUCAUUCAAAGCUUCUACCCAGCAAAGAGGUUGUGGAUGAGAGUUUUAAUCAGUUAUUAAAAAGUAGAUCUUUCUUUUGGGGCACUGCCAGAUCAGGUCUACUCAGUCUCAGUCAUGAGCGUAAAUGGCAACUCGUUUGCAAAGAACGGCGCUUGCAGGAAGAAAGUGGGACUGAAAAAAAGAGCAAAUCCACGGGCGAUGACAUGCUCAUCGAUGCGCUAAAGUCAAAAGCGUAUCCGCGGAAGCUCGUGGCUGACAACCUGUACGAAGUAGAAAGACUUCUUCGAAGAACUGACAUCUGCGAAUGGUUUUUAGAAAACGAAGGGACACAACAGCUGGUAGAAGCUGGCGAUUCGCUUCGACUUGACGACAUAUACGUCUACCUUCGAUGUUUUAAGACGUUGACCAACCACAAGAGUGGGAGAUUAGCAGUGGCAGGAAAUGAAAGAUUCAUCGAGUUUCUAUGCAGCACUCUUGUACAGGAGAAUGUUCAUCUUCGAGUCAACCUCCUGAGUGCUGAGCUUUUACUGCUGCUGACUUUUGUAGAGGCUCAUGAUUGCUGCAAUAAUGUUUCUAAGCAUUUAGAAAGCCGAUAUUCUCAGUGGUUUACAUUUCUUGAGUCUUUACUCGAUGGUAGUACUUCGGCGGACGAACAAACGACUCUACUUUUACCGGCGCUAAAACCGCAACAAAUACUGCAGAAUUACUGCUUAACUUCAGCCUUCCUCAUAAACUCAGUUUUGCAGGUGGCCCCAUCAAACGGAGAAAAGCUGAGACUCAUCAAAGCAUUCCAGGAGCUCAGAUUGCAUCGCGUAUUUCAUCUCAUGACGAAGUUGGAGUAUCAAGAUUUAACCAAUGAAAUUGACAAAUACAAAUCAAACGAGGAACGGAUUAUCUCUGAGGCCAAUCCAGCCCUGCCCGAUCUCCUUGACAUUUCGUAUGGCCAACACUUGAACUCGAUUGUUGAGCAAAGUCGAAACAAUCCCUUGGAACACUCAGUGCACCAAGUAUUUGAAAGUUUAUCCCAGACCAUAAUGUCACGUACGAUGUCAGAUAGCUUGAAGGCACUCAAGCUAUUUUGCUCGGUCUUGAACUACCUGAAAGACUAUACUUAUGGAGAGGAUAACAUGAACAUCGACUCGGUAAUAAAUUUAUCGCUCAACCAAUUAGUGGACAACCUUCAAUCAGAUGAGAUAGCUCAACGAGCUCUAGAUGAAUUGACAUCUGUGCAAAAAAAUCUUGAAAGCCUAGAGUUGGAAAAUGACGCUUUGCGCCAAGAAAAAAAUGUAUCGAAGGCAAGUAUAAUGGUAGAACUGCAAAGAACCAAAGAUGAGCUAGCUACAAAGCUAAAACACAUUGAAUCUUUAAGAGAAGAAUUGGAACUGAGCAACAGGCAGAGGAUUCAGGAUAAAACGCUAUUCGAUAGGUCUCUUGCUAAUAAGAGGUCAGUACCGCCCUCAAGGGCGGCUACGUUGAGCGCAUUCGAUCAUAUCAAGUUGAAAUCGAAGAAGGACAAUAUUCCAAAACUUACACGCAAUUGCUCGCUGUCCAAAAGUAGCAGAUUUACGUCUCUGUCGGAUUUGGUCAAAACCUUCGAUAGCGACAGGGAACUGAGCCUGUCCAAGCGAGGUACCACGGCGGCCAACUCUGACGCUCCGUUUAACAACUCGGAUGAGGAAACACACAUUAAUUUUGAGCGACCUUCUCAAAACAUGGUAAACAUGGACAAAAAGAAGAAUGGUGAAGUCGCUACAGAUGACGUUGUUGGUCGUAAAGGUUUUGGUUUAACAAAGCUGGCCAUGGACCGAAGAACUGGUUCUGGAUUUUUGUCUGCCACGCCUCCCAUUAUCGGGCCUGCGCCAGAUCAUCAAGGUGAUAUCACCAGAAAACCUGCACAGAGUGUAUUUGAUCGCAGAGAAAUAAACCGUGGAGAGAUGAAAAACUCAUUAAACGAGGGGCACACCAGGAUUAAUGAAACAGCCUCUGAAAAUGCUCAAUUCUUGCCGCCAAGACAAAUAAUCGAUGCCAGUUUCAAGCAAACAGUGCCCCCACCUCCUCCCCCACCAUUACCACAAACGUUGCUUGGUCUCAAGCCGUCGGACAUACAAGGUAGUUUAACAGGCGCGGUUGUACCGGCAAGCCUAUCGACCAAAACUGUUCCUGGCCCGCCGCCGCCACCUCCGCCACCACCUCCCCCUCUGCCGAGUUUUCCCAAUAGAGGAGCGGACAGCUUACCAAUUUUACCAUCGAACGAUAAAUCUAAAGAAUCCCAAGCUACCAAUAGUCCACCCGCAGCUCCACCGGCUCCCUCAAGCUUAUCUCUUCUCAUGUCAUCGAGGCCUACCGAAAAUUCAAAACCCCAGGUUCAAUUGAAACAAAUACAUUGGGAGAAAAUAGAAAAUGUCACCGACACAAUUUGGAACCAAGAGGAUGGUCGGCAAGAUGUUGCUUUCCAUUUGAAAAAUACUGGUAUUUUUGAUGAGAUCAGUGAGUUAUUUGAAGUCAAGAAGGCCAAUGCCAUGAAGGCGAGAACGGUCAGCUCGAGUGCCAAGGGCAAAAUAUCAAUACUGGCAAGAGACCUCGCACAGCAAUUUGGUAUCAAUUUGCAUAUGUUCUCAAAUUUGUCGGUGGAGGAUUUUGUUCUUAAAGUGCUGCAUUGUGAUCGAGAGGUGAUCAACAACCAAAGUGUGUUGGAGUUUUUCGCUCGAGAAGAUCUGAGUAACAUCCCUCACAGCACGGCGAUUAAAUUUGAGCCAUACGCUACAAAUUAUGAAAUUAAAAAGAACCCAACUCUUGACAGCGGAAAACUGGAACGUGCUGACCGCAUCUUCUUGGAACUUUGCUUCAAUCUGAAAAGUUACUGGAAUAGUCGCUCCGCAUGUCUUUUGACCCUAGCAGUUUACGAAAAGGAUUAUUUCGACAUAAUGUACAAGCUGCAAAGGGUUGACGACGCUGUGAAUGCGUUAAAAUCAUCAAAAAAAUUACAAGAGGCUUUAAUGGUGAUUGUAGAAAUCGGCAACCACAUGAACCGCAAGCAGGCUCCUGGAAUUAAAAUCAGCUCUUUACAAAAGCUGGCUUUUGUCAAGUCGAGUGCGGACAGCCAUACCUCGCUGUUGCAUGUCGUGGAAAGGGUUUUACGAGAAAAAUGCAGGGACGCUUAUGGAUUUGUGACUGAUUUGACCAAAGUGACGGAUCUGGGCAACCUUGUGGUAGGCCAGAUUGAGCAAGACUGCCAAGAGUAUUUGAAGCGCAUCACGUCGAUGAAACAGUCCUUGGAAAAAGGGCGACUUUCUGAUCCCAAAGUUUUACAUCCGGAGGACCGGCUUUUGGUGAAAGUAGGGUCGAAAGUGGAGACCGCGACGCGGAAAUCGAACCUGUUGCGAAAUCAGUGUGCGCUUACAAUGCGCGGGCUUGAAAACCUGAUGAAACUGUACGGAGAAGACGGUCGGAACGCAGACUCCAAAAACGAGUUUUUACAUCAUUUUGCAAGAUUCGUGCAGCAGUUCAAGAAGGCUGCCAAGGACAACCUAGAGAAGGAAGAGAUGGAGCGUGUUUACAGACAGCGUACCGAGUUUUUGCAGAAUAAAAACGCAAGCGCCGGUGGUACAAGUGAGGAGGGACCGCUGUCGUCCGUAGAGCAAGAACAGGACGACACAGUGGAUGUUCUUAUUAAAAGACUUCGGGGCUUGAGCAAUAAGGAAGAGCGAUUAUCUUCAACAUCGAAACGGAAGUCCGAUGAUCGCCAACUCUGGGUCAGGACCAAAGAUGUGCUAAGUAGCAUUCAAAAGAUUUGA